GCGCACUUAUCGCUUCCGCGCUCUUCCCGGCUCGCCCCUCCCCCGCUCCAGGAAGUGAGGGGGUUCUAGCCGCCUGGCCUACCGCGAUGCAUUUUGGGAAAGCAGCAGCACCAGAUCCAAGAUGGCGGCCAGCAGGAGGCUGAUGAAGGAGCUUGAAGAGAUCCGCAAAUGUGGAAUGAAAAACUUCCGUAACAUCCAGGUUGAUGAAGCUAAUUUAUUGACUUGGCAAGGGCUUAUUGUUCCUGACAACCCUCCAUAUGAUAAGGGGGCCUUCAGAAUUGAAAUCAACUUUCCAGCAGAGUAUCCAUUCAAACCACCCAAGAUCACAUUUAAAACAAAGAUCUACCACCCUAACAUCGAUGAGAAGGGGCAGGUCUGUCUGCCAGUAAUUAGUGCUGAAAACUGGAAGCCAGCCACCAAGACUGACCAAGUAAUCCAGUCCCUCAUAGCACUGGUGAACGACCCCCAGCCCGAGCACCCACUCCGGGCUGACCUAGCUGAAGAAUACUCUAAGGACCGUAAAAAAUUCUGUAAGAAUGCUGAAGAGUUUACAAAGAAAUAUGGGGAAAAGCGACCUGUGGACUAAAAUCUGCCAUGAGUGAUUCCAGCAAGUUUGAGCAGAGACCCCGAGCAGUGCAUUCAGAUACCCCGCAAAGCAGGACUCUGUGGAAAAUUGACACGUGCCACCACCUGGCGUCCGCCUGUGGCAGUUACUAACUUUCUACAGUUUUCUUAAUCAAAAGUGGUCUAGGUAAUCUGUAAAGAAGGAUUAAAAAAUUCAGAUGUUCUAGUUCUGCUUGCUUUGUUUUAAAAAUCACUGCUUUAGUCUACUUCAAAAGAAUGACAUUUCUUUUCUUGCCCAAAUUUACUCAAAGUUGCAGUUAGCCCAGAAGGUUAAAAAAAAAACGUUGUGGUUCCCCCCUCUCCCUCUCACAAGCCCUUUAAAACCCCACUUCCACAGACCAAGGCCCCAGUUCCCCCACAAGGGCAGCAGCACCGGCAGCUCUUCUCCUGUGCCACACUGCCUAUGGGUGAUGGCUCAAGUCCUCCUCAUGCCACCUUAGUAAUGUCCUUUUAAAAAUUAUAAAACAGUAUCAACAACCUCCCCCUCAAAAAUAAAUAAAUAAGUCCAUGCAAAGGGAAGCUGCUUUUACAUAUAAUUUUAGCAAAGUGUUUCCACAGAAAUAGACUCAAGAGGCAGAUCCCACAGAGCAUAUCCGUGGUCAGAGUUCCCGUCUCUGUAGGGAACUCUGCAGUACCAGGUUUGUGGUGACCUUGGAGGGAGGGUCUGCCAGCAGAGAAAACCAUGCUCUUGUGUGAUGAGUUCCUCCCCAGAAAGGCUCCUACGGCUGACAGUGAGUAGAUCUCCCUGCAGCUGUGGUAGAAGACUGGCUGCUCAUCACAAGCAAAAGCCAGAAUAUCCUUUUGAAAUUUCAAGCUUCUCCACCACUGAGCUCUGCUAGGAUAUGCCACGGAGCUCCCACUCCUCAGCACAGCAGGCCACCACUGCCUCCCUUGGCAUGGUUUACCCUCGGCAGGAUCAGCCUUGGUAACCUCUGCUUUGUAACCAGCUGCUUCUUCCUCAGAGCAGCUGCUGGUGCAGCCCAGGAACAGGAUGGCCUUUCCCCUCCCUCUGGACUCAAAGCCUUUCCAGAGUCAAGCUCCACUUGAAGCUAACUCAAUAAUAUCCUUUCAAUGUGUUUUAUAUUGUUUUGAUUGCCUUUUUUUGUAGAAAUAAAAUUUGUCCUUAGAAUUUAUCAUCAAAUGAACUUUGUCAAGAUUUGAAUGUUAAUGUCUUUUCAAGGCAAGUGGGAUUGUCCUUGAAGCAGUAGUGACACCCUGAGGAAGCUGAUGGCAUGACUGCCUGUGUUCACCAACUAGUUCUGCUACUAGGGGUCUAGAUCCUGUGGAGAAGAUUGCCUCAAGAAACCUUGCUUUCUGCUUUAACCUUAGUUCUAUAACUUCAGGGCUACCUAGGGCUCACAGACUUGGAAGACAACUCUGGGCUUCGCCUCUAAAAAAGUGAGACAUGUCCUUUCAGGCAGUGUAACAUUAUUUAGUUUUCCAGUUGUUUGGCUCCUGUGGUGCAUAAAUGAACUAUGCUUUAGUUCUAGGUAUGCAUGGGGCAGGUUUCUGGAGACUUCCAUGUGCCCAGGAUGGCCAGAGCACUGGACCUGCGUUUCUACGUCUGUCUCUUCAUUGGCAGAAAAGUGACAAUGGAUUUUAUUUCACUCACAUUCAGACUUGUAAUAAAAUGCCAAAUUCUGUCAGAAUUGUCCAAACCAACCACAAUUUGUUCUUGUUGCUUUUCUGAAUCUAGAGAUAGUUCAGCUGUCUCGUUGCUUAGCUCUCCCUGCCUGUUACACCCCUCACUGCUCUCUGCUCACUACGGGAGGGUACUCUUAGGCCAGCAGCCCCUCUCAGGGACUCUCAGCCCCAGGACUGACAACCAUGGCCUGCCCUGGAAGCACGGGCCUGGCUUUGAGUCAGUGGUGUCCCUCUUUGGGCUUGCACGCCUUGCUCUUCCCAGCCCUGCCCUGGAGCAGGCUUUUGAGCAAGCUGGCAGGCAGCCCUGGCCGCUCCAUACUGCAGUUAGAUCCUCCAGAGAAGGGGAGUUCUGUGGAGCAGCCACCUACCCACCCACCCCUGACCCAAGUUGGCUCAGGAAUACACAUCCCCCUGGUUCCUUGAAGUGCCGGGUCUUGUCCUGCUCUUUCUACAAUGGCAGAGAAUAGGCUUUCUAAGAUGCUGUGACCCCAUUCUGUCCUUAAUAAAAAUGUUCUCAGACACUA